AGAAGGAGCGACAAUCUCCUACCGACCCACGCCAACGAUAGCUUAUUGCUAUGUGGUCUAUUUGUGUCCAGCGUUGGUUAGAUGAAGGGGGUCUCCAAGUCAAACAGUGUCUCUUCUUGUGUUUGAAGUUAGUGCUUACAAGAAACAAAUGAUUAUCAGAACAGAACUGUAGGAGACGGUCACCGUUGUCGGUUCGCUGGCACGGAACUCCAUAGGUGCCACCGACAUCCUUCUCAGAUUGACACAAUUUCCCCCUACUUGAGCGUUAAAGUCACGGGCUAGAACGACUAUGUCUGAGCGUUUAGCCUUUCGCACCAAACUAGACAGCUUUUGGUAGAACUCAUCCUUCGUUUCAUCUGAACUGCAGUCAGUGGGGGCGUAAGAGGAGAUUACGAAAAGGCAUCGGCGAGUAGUGCAGUCCUUCCUCCUUUUUACUGACCCGUUCAGACGGACAGCACACAUUCGGCUAUCUACCGGGAUCCAGUCAAGCAAUGUCUUUUCUGCCCUAGUACUCAAAGCUAUCCCUACACCAGCUAAUCCACGUGAACUAGCUGUGGCAUCUCCUGACACCCUCAAGGUGAAUUUUGCAGAUUCAACCUGUUGGCCAGGUGGGGUUAGGUGAAUAACCACACUUGGGUCUUGUAUGCGUGUUUCUGAAACACAGCAUACAUCAAUGGCUCGGGAUGCCAGGGUUUUGGCUAGUGAUGCUUGUUGUCCUAUUUGGCAAAGUGUCCUAACAUUAAAUGCUCCUAUAUGAAAUUGGUGGCGUGGCUUUAGGAGGCUGUUGGUGGUGGUUUUUUGGCUUCCAUCGUUUUUAGUGGACGCAGAGUGGAGAGGAAGUGGAGAGCUAUCGAGCCAAGGAGUUGCAUCAGUGGAAGGAAGCAAGAUGAUAGAGAUGAAGAUGAAGACAAAGAUGAAUGGUCCGAUGGUUUACCUAAGGAACACCUGUGCGUCCCUGCUGUACUAUCACGUGUUGCAAUGCUGGUUCUUAUUAGAAAUAAAGUAUUAGAAUAUGAAGAUAUUAACGGUGCAAGAAGUAUUGCUACUGAUGAUGAAUAUUCUGAAUUUAAAUUUAACAUAAAUGAAGGUGGCUUAUCAUUAUUGCGUUCUAUGUGGAAUGAUGAAUGUGCACAAAUCAACAAUAUCCGUGAAACAAUUUGCUCCCAAUCACAGAUGGCUGGAGACUCUGAAAUGAUACUAAAGAGUCAAAGAAUUUGGCAUUCACGUCAUGAUUAUUGGUUGCUUGCUGGUAUACUUGUUCAUGGAUAUGCCAAUUGGGAUGAUAUACUGGCCGAUCCACGUUUCGUUAUAGUAAAAUUUGGAGUGUCUGGUGUACUAGACGCUAUGAAUAGACUUAUGAAUUCUGAAUUAACAACUGUGCCUGUACGUAUUCCCUCAGACUAUACCGAAUUUCAUGCCUUUUUAACGGAUCGUUUAAAAUUGAUUGAGCAAGCUUUAGUUAUCGAACAAUCUUUAUAUGAAGUUGCUGAAGUUGCUGUUACCAGAAGCACAGACCAGACAUCAUUAGAUUCAGGUCGUGUUAAAGAUGCAGCUGUUAAUUUGUCUAACAAAUUAAUUCUAUCGGAUACCAAUAAAUGUAUUGUUUUACCUAAGGAUUCAAAAGCAAAAGAAGCAACACGUGCAGCGGUUCGUAAUCUUCAGGAUCUACUUGAAGAUAUGUAUGCAGAUCUUCCUGGUAUGCCAGCCUCAUUAAUAAUCAUAGAUGGAUGUAACAGCGAUUCCAAAGCGAAAAACGCGCCAAAUCUAUCGAAUGAAAAUAGGAAUGGUAUGAUUGCUGACACCUCAUCGCAUUUAUCAAACAAUAUACAAACGGAUGCCUAUAAUAAUGGUGACCAUAGUGUGACUAGUGACAAUGAAUUAAUUUCAGGCGAACUAACUCGUUCUUGUAAUGAAAGAGGUGUUGUUGAUUGUCCAAAACUUCUGUCGGAAACAUUCCACCAUAGUUGUGAAGCUGAUAAACUUCAAAGCACAUCUCUGUCCGAUGAGCCCAUAGUUAUUGUAUUGUCCGACGACGAAGAUAGUGUGCAACAAAAUUCUAUUGAGAGUCAAGCGACUGAUCGUUUCAAUCCGGAAAACGACACUACCAAUAAAAAUAAUGCUGGCGAAGUUUGUGUAUUUUCAAACCUACCUAAAACAGUCAGUGGUGGUGGUAACUCUCUGUACUUCACUAGUUGA